CCGCCUGCCGGGCGCUGCUAGCAAUGUGGGGCUCGGCCUUGGCGCUCUGGACUGCCGCCGGCAUGGUGUGCCUGCAGAACGGCCGCCGAGCUCCGGGGCCCGUGCUUGGGGCCGCCUGCCUCUUCUCUAUGGCUUUCGGACUGGGACAGAGCGGCGAAGAGAACAGAUGUACCAGCUCGAAUGCAGCAACGUGUAGCAAGUGCCUGGUGCUGGGCCCAGAGUGCGGAUGGUGCGCCCAAGAGGAUUUCAUGGCUGGAGCAGCAGCGAAUGAACGUUGUGACAUGGUUUCCAACUUAGUAAGCAAAGGCUGCUUGUCCGAUUUUAUAGAAUCUCCUUCGGUUGGUGUGACGAUACCCACAGGAAGUGAAAUGAACACUCAAGUCAGCCCUGGGGAGGUGCUCAUCCAACUGCGACCAGGAGCUGAAGCUAGCUUUCUGCUGAAAGUCCACCCUUUACAAAAAUACCCUGUGGAUCUUUAUUAUCUUGUUGAUGUCUCAGCCUCCAUGCACAAUAAUAUAGAAAAACUAAACUCUGUUGGAAAUGACUUAUCCCGGAAAAUGGCACCUUUUUCCCAUGACUUUCGACUCGGAUUUGGAUCCUACGUUGAUAAAACAGUGUCUCCCUAUAUUAGCAUCCACCCUGGCAGAAUCCACAACCAGUGCAGUGAUUACAAUUUAGAUUGCAUGCCACCUCAUGGCUACAUUCACGUGCUGUCUCUGACAGAAAACAUCACGGAGUUUGAAAGAGCAGUUGACAGACAGAAAAUCUCAGGGAAUAUCGAUACACCUGAAGGAGGUUUUGAUGCCAUGCUGCAGGCCGCUGUUUGCCAGAGUCAUAUUGGUUGGCGCAAGGAAGCUAAAAGAUUGCUUCUUGUGAUGACAGAUCAGACUUCUCACCUUGCCCUUGAUAGCAAACUUGCAGGGAUCGUGGUGCCAAAUGAUGGAAAAUGCCACCUAAAAGACAAUGUCUACAUUAAGUCCACAAGCAUGGAGCAUCCCUCACUGGGGCAACUUGCAGAAAAAUUAAUAGACAACAAUAUUAAUGUUAUUUUUGCAGUCCAAGGAAAACAGUUUCAUUGGUACAAGGAUCUCCUGCCCCUCUUGCCUGGAACCGUGGCUGGCCAAAUUGAAUCAAAAGCAGCAAACCUCAACAACUUGGUGGUGGAUGCCUAUCAGAAACUGAUAUCCGAAGUGAGAGUUCAGGUGGAGAAUCAGAUACCAGGAGUCCAUUUUACCAUCUCAGCCAUGUGUCCUGAUGGGAGCAGACAUACAGGGAUGGAAGGAUGCAGAAAUGUGACCAGCAGCGAUGAAGUUCUGUUCAAUGUCACUGUGACCAUGGAUGUAUGUGAUGGAGCUGGUGGGAGAAGCUAUGCCAUCAUCAAGCCUAUUGGCUUCAAUGAAAGCACUAAAGUGCACAUCUAUAGGAACUGUAGCUGCCAGUGUGAUGAUAGCAGAAGCCCCAAACGGAAAUGUGCAGAUGAAACUCUCUUAGGUCCUACUUGUCCCCAGUGUGAUGGUGACAAGUGCCAUUUUGAUGGAGAUCAAUCCCAUCUGGACAGUUGCAAGGCACAAAAGAACCAGCCCAUUUGCAGUGGUCAAGGUGUCUGCAUAUGUGGGAAAUGUUUCUGUCACAAAACUAAACUUGGAAAAGUAUAUGGAAAAUACUGUGAAAUGGAUGACUUCUCCUGCCCAUAUCACCAUGGAAACCUGUGUGCUGGGCAUGGAGAAUGUGAAGGAGGCCGAUGCAAAUGCUUCCGAGGCUGGGAAGGAGACCGUUGUCAGUGUCCAUCUUCCUCUGCCCAACGCUGCAUCAAUUCCAAAGGCCAGGUGUGCAGUGGGAGAGGGGCCUGUGUGUGCGGGAAGUGCGAAUGCACGGAUCCCCGCAUCGUUGGCCGUUUCUGUGAAUACUGCCCCACCUGUGAUACAGCCUGUGAUGAAAACCAGAGCUGUGUCCAAUGCUACCAUCCUCACAAUUUAUCUCAAGCUAUACUUCAUCAGUGCAGAGCUUCGUGUCCUCCAAGGGCCUAUUAUAUUGACCAAACAGAAGAAUGUUUCUCUAACCCAAGCCAUUUCCGAAUAUUUUUCAUCAUCUCCAUCAUUACAUUCCUUAUUGGAUUAUUGAAGGUUCUCAUCAUCAGACAGGUCAUCCUCCAAAGGACCAGAAAUAAAGUGAAAUCUGCCAGCUACAGAGUGUCCACAUCAAAGAAGGAUAAGAUGUUUCUGCCAGCCGUCUGCACGCACACUGUCACGUACCGCCGUGACAAACCUGAAGAGAUAAACAUUGACAUCAGUAAAUUACACCCUCAUGAAACUUUUAAGUGCAACUUCUAAAGGAAUGGGGCCUUCCUUAGAAACCUUCUCCAUGACCAUCUCCUAAAAAAGAAGUCUUCACAUUGAAAAGUGGCAGGAGGUGCCCAAAUAUUCUUUGGUCACACCAUUGGUGGUUGAAAGUUCUGCUAGAGACUGACGUGCUUCCAUAUUGUGACAUAGCCUUUGGAUGUGAUAGCUGCUGAUUUUGUGAAAGAGAAAUGUGGCUUACUACUGUUUGAGACUAGUGUUGUCCUAGCACUUUAAUGUAAUAUAUAACUUAUUUAGUUACAGCAUAGAAUGUAGAUCUGAACAGCACUGAUCUCACUUUACAGGUAGCUAACCUCCAUCCCUUUUCCCUGCUGGAAAGGACAAUUCUGUGAGAUGACUCUGGCAUCACUGUAUACUACAAGGGUACAGUCCUUUCUUGGGUUAUAUUCAUUCAUCACCAAAUUUCCAAAUGAAAAGUGGUUUUUAUUUUAAUUCAAUUAACCAGGUGUUUACACUUUUUUUUAUACAUAUUUGAACUUCAAGUGGAAUGUAAACUCCUUAAGGGCUAGCACUACUUUGUAUUUUUUCUCUGUCUCCCCAAUGCCUUGUCCAUAGCCUGGCACUUGGUGUGAAUGCUUAAUGAGUUAAACUGAAUUGAAUUGAACAGAGAAAACAUCCAGAUUGAAUUGUUUACUCUACCUUGGUAUUUUGGUGAUAGGUGAUGAUAGAUAAUUGGUGGUAGGUCAGUGCAACCUUCAUCUCAUAGUAAGUGAUUUUGCUUUCUAAACUCUAGGAUUGUUGUUGUUGCUGUUGUCUGUUUUUGUUGUUUAUUGUUUGUGUAUAUAUGUGGGUUUUUGUUUUGUUUUGUUUUGUUUUUUACAAACUCUAAUUCCAGAGGUGUUUCCUGCUUGGUUUUUUGAUCUUUUCAUCUUAAUGCAUGCCAUAAAUUACUGGAUCAAGGACGUGCUUAGCUACUGCCACUGGGAAAAUCAAGGGUGUUGAGUGCCAGUAUCAUGGAGUCUCUUCUCAUUGGGAAUAAUUAAGUGGUCGAUAAAAAGACCCUGUAUCAAAGCAUCAGGUUUCUAGAGAAUUCCAUCCUUUCAUUUCUUAUUGCUUUGGGGUUUGGGAUUUUCUCACCUGAUCAGCUAGAUGCAUGGUACCCUUUCCUUUGUCCUGCUGGUGAAAUUGAACCUCAGCACAUUAUAUGAAAAUUGUGCUAUCAGACAAAGCACCAAAUGACUGCAUCUUUUUUUUUAACUUAGGAAAGCAAUACACCGAUUUUUGCCAUACAAACUGGAUUUCAAUAUAUUUUUUCCCCAUCAGUGUGCUAAACUAGCCUGAGGACUAAUAUGUUCCCUAUUAUUGAAAUAGGACCUGAGCUGCCUUUACUUAUCAGAGAUUCUAAAAAAGAUAAAAGAGUAUUAGAGAUCCUGUAGUCUGACUUUCUCUUCCUCUCGUUCCAUAUUUUACUGAUAAGAAAUUGGAAGUGCCAAAGAGAUUAUAUGAUUUACCCAAAAUCCCAAAUCUUCUCAUUCUUAAGCUAGGGCUUUUUUUUUCUUUCAUUUUUGAUACAAUAGGCUACCUCCUAAAUCUUACAAAUUAAUAUCAAAAUAUAAAGGGUUUUUUUGUUUCUUUCUUGGAAAUAUACACAUAUUUAUAUAUAUUUACAUAUAGAUAUAAGUAUAUCUAUAUCUCAUAAUGCACAAAAUAAAGGAGAGAAAGGAAGCAAAUGCUCCCAAAAAACUUGUUGGGUAUGAGAAGCUCUGAAAUAUACAUAAUCACAGACUUUGACAGUUAGAAGGGACC